AUGUCAGCGUCAGUUACAUCAAAGAAGAGGAUCUUCAAGUUCUCGGCACCUGGCCUAAAGCCGGACGUUCGAAUUGAGCUGUUCGAUACAGAGGAAUAUCAUCUCCAUAGCGUCUUGCUAAAGCUGUAUUCCGGUUUCUUCAGGAAAUUUCUAGACUCUCCCGAGAAGAAGGUGCCAGCUUCUACUUCGUUCGCGUACGAAUGGGUUACGCAACUCGACGAUGACGGAGGAUGGCACUUAGUUGCUGCUCAGUCUGUACAAGGAAAGACGGGCAAUCUCCUCAACAAGGACGAGCAAAGUCUUCAAUUAGACGCAUUCCAGCGCCUCAUACAUGCUAUCUACAACAAGCCCUACACGAUAUACACACACUUUCUAGGCCCAUUGGUCGAUCUAGCGGAUUAUUAUUGCUCGUUGCGUAUCGUCUCUCAAACACUUCAUCAGUUGCUCAUGACAGAAAGACGACGUGGUUUCUUAUGCGACUUUAUAGAAGAUCCAUGCGAAUUCCUCGGUUUAGCCAUCACGCUGAGGAACGAAAUUCUUUUCAAGGACUGCCUUUGUCUGGCUCUCGGACCUUGGUCCAACCCGGCAUUCUUGAAAUGCAAAGAUAAGAAGUUAAGGGAUAUUUGCGAUAAGGCGCGUGCAAAGAUCUACGUGGAAAUCGGAACAUUCAACGAGAGACUAUUGAACGAGCUGAACGACCCGAGGAAAAAUAACCAGGAGUUGAGAACUGAGAUGUUAGAACACUCGCAAGCAGUCUCUGCAAUUUCGAAAGAUCCAGUCUCAGGCAGGAUACGUCUUCCACUCUACUACCGUAAACUAUCGGAUUUCGUCUCGAAAGCUAGGAAACACCCGUUUCGUCAUUUGAUUAUAAAGUUGUUGCAAAAUGACUUGCUUCUUGAUGAUGGCUUCAAAGCUGGUGAAGGCAUGUUUGAGGAUUACUUUCUAUGCAAUCUCACAAUGGACGACCAGUAUCCUUGGGACGAUACAGAAGACUGGUAAUGUGAUUCUCUUGUCGGAAUAUUGGAAGGGUUUUACAUUCAAUGUGCUGUGCUUGGAGACUGAUGGGGAGGGACUGAGCUUGGUGCUUGGCUUGUGCCAGGUCAAAGCUGAGUAGCAAGGUUGGCACUCGAGGUAUCUGAUGCAGAUUGAUACCCAAAAUGAAGUAUUCAUUUAGCUAAAAUCGGGAAGUAAAUGGGCAUGCUGAAUGCUCGACAAAGAGACGAAAUUAUGGUAGUAUUUGCAAUUGCACAAACAACUUGGCCCAAUGAUGACUUGCAUUCAUUGAUGUUACCAUACAUCGGAAGGGAGUGCUUCUUCUCAUACUAUUGCCAAGCCUUCACAAUCCUCCUACCUCUUUUUUGUUGCACGUAGCAAUGUAGGCAUCUAGCAGAGCCAAAUCCUCAAAACCAAGGUUAGCAAUAGUAAGAGAGUUGUAGCUGUAUAUUGACAGGUUUC